GGGAUUCAAGAUCGUCAAUGCUGUUAAUGUUUUGAUCUAUUCUGUUCGCGCGCAGAGUUGGGUGGAGAUGAGAUAAAUAGACUGAAACAUUGAUGUAUUGAUUAAUAAAUACUGUUUGAAACAUACGGUUCUCAAGGAGCCUUGGGCACAAACUUGAGCGGAAUUCUGAAGCCACUGACAAACUUGAAUUAUUCAAUUUCUUGAACGUGCACCAUGGUAACGUUUCGCGGAAGUGUAACGCAACAAAAAAGGAAAUCGAUUUAAGAUAGCUAACGGAGAGUUUGGAAAGUGAAACUAUUUUCCAGUAGAAAGUAGUGCCUACUAGUGAUAUAAAUUAGGUGAGUUAGUUGACCAGGUUAUUAGACAGUCAUACAGGGCCAAAUCAACGUAGCUAACGUUACUCUGAGCAGCACGAUACCUCUAGGCUAGCUAACUUCCGAUGGCGCAGCUGUCGUCAAACGACGUUACCACCAGACAUUAGCUAGCUAGCCAACGACGUUACCAGUAAUUUCGGUUUGCCAUGAAUGUGAUUUAUAUAAAUUGCAACAAGGGGUGCACGCUGCUUUUCUGCGCUUCACACUGAAAGGCAAGCUAACUCAUUGGAUAACGAUGAAUAACUUGAAUAUCGUGUCGUACAGUAGUCAAGGUAAAACAAUGGCUUCUCAAGGCGCGUGUCUCAGUGGGACAGGUGUCUUUUACCAAGCGAUGCCAGCUGUGGGAACCGAUGGAAGAAAUGUUAUGAAACUGAUCCCUGUUCAAAAGGUCAACGGACAGUUUGUUCGAUCACCAAUGGGCACUAUAAAGGACAUCGCUGAACCUAAACGAGACCAUACCUCGAACGCUCCAUCAAUUUCGAAGAGUAACAUAUCUAUUUCGGGACCCACAGCUAAAGAACAAUUUGUGAAUAAAAGGCCAUUUUACAUGAGUACCUCUCCAAAUCCAGCCAAUCUAACAGGAAUAUAUCCUUCAGUGCGCAUCCAGACUCCUAUAGUAACAACAAAAGUUGCCCAAAGUGCAGGAGCCUUGACAUCACCUGAGCUUACCUGUGGGAAGACAGUUGGCCUAACACUUAUAAAUAAGAAAAAGCUGCCAGUCACUGUGAAAUCCCCAGCGCUUCCAAAUGGUCAAUACCUUCAAAUUCCCACUAAUGCACAAGUCAAAACCCUCCCAGCAUCCGCACUCCCCCCAGCCAUAAAGAGACAGAUAUUUACUUCAUCAACGACCUGUGCCUCAAAUUCGCCAAUGGUUCUUUAUGUGUCCCCUGUCCAAACCAUGAAGCAUAAUUCUGUACCAGCAUCUCCGAAGUCAGUCCCCUCACUCAGCCGACUUCCAAGGUCAUCUGGCCAAACACUUUCUACAUGCUCUUCAACAGGCUCAACACAGUGUUCUACUACUGCCAAGGAUGGCAAAAGACCGGUCACUCCUAUUAAGUGGGUGAUUGAGGAGGCGGAUGGCUUACCUGCACCAUGCCUUGUUCCUGUGAAUUCCUCUUCUAUGACCUCAGAUAUCCUGAAAACUCUGGCAGAGAUGGAAAAAGCCACCAAAAUGUGUGAAAACACAGCUAAAAAGUCUUCACCUUCCCAAGAGAGUCAGACAAAAAUUGGACAAGAGAAGGACAAUGCCUUAGUGAUGUACAAUGGGAAGGUGUAUUAUGUGGCCAACAAAACCCCUGAGCUUUGUAACCGACCAUCAAAACCCUUGGAGGCCAGAAGGAGCAUGGGUACCUCCUCCACACAGGCAACGGAAAGUGUUGGAUUCAAUCAGAGAAUCAGCUUACCGCCCUCCCUACCCUCGUGCUCCUCAUUUGGAUCACAAUUGUCAAAUAAAACCAGACCAGACCCAAAAUACAUUGUCAUACCAGAUGAAAUCAUUGACCUCUGUGACGAUGAUUCCCAGGAUGACCUCACGUGCCAGGCAAUAUCAACAAGGGAUGUAACCAGGCAACUUUUCAGACAGUCUGAAGUUGAUGAGGACAAAGACUCCAAUGUAAUAUUUGUCUCAUACCUUCCACCCAAAGCGGUGCCUAAAGUAGGUGAAGGAGACAAAGAAAUGGCUCAUAUGCUGGAUGACUUGGAAGCUGAACAAGAAAUGGUACGUAGUCAAGAUAAUUUGAAAGGCCAGGUAGUGGAUAGUCAGAACAAAGUAUCUGGCCUGUCAAUAAAAAGGUGUCAGAACGUUGGUACUACCCAAGACAUGGCAGGCUGUCAAGGUAUUGCAACAGGCCAAGAGUUGAACUCCCGUCAGCAAAACAUCACUGGUCAGGUCUGGAAAAGACCGCACAUGGAAGGAUUUCAUGGCAGUGCAACUGGACUCAGAAUUGAGAACAUUCAGAGUGGUGCGACCAGCCAGGAAAUGGGAAGCAGUCAGCCCAGUGCCUUCACCCAAGAAAUUGGGAACAUCCAGGAUGAUGCCACUGACCAGGGCAUUGGAAAUAGUCAGCAGAAUGCCUCCACUCAAGAAAUAGAGAACAUUCCUGGAAGCAUCGCUCUCCAAACAGAAAUGGAGACACACAAAGAAAACAGUUCAUCAGAUCCCAUUCCUGAGCAGCGGGCUUCCAUGUUGGACCAGGAAUCCCUGGAAACUUGUGAUCGCCUGCUGAAACAGAUGUUUGGGAUCACAUCUGAUGUGAAGAUAUGUUUGAAGAGGAUAGAUUCUAAACCCAAGGCUAACCCUAUGGUGUUUCCUCAGAUUGGUACCACAAACAAACAUACCAUAGAGGCUAUUCGCAAAUUGUUACAGGGAUCAAUAUUUGUGACAAAAAAGAGGGUACACAAUGAAACACAGGUCUCUGCCACAAGGAACAAUGAUAGUUGCCCAAAAGAUGCUAAAAGACAGAAAAUAGAAAAAGUUGAAAAUGCAUCUGAAAGUUCAGAAAAUCCAGAAUCCCUUACCAGUCCAACUCCUCAGCUGAACAUGUUAUCUGAUGGUGAACAGAUAUUUGUUCAUGAGGAACCGACUGUCAAUGAUUUAAUUUCCACCACAGAUGAAACAGGGAUCCCUUCCAAACUUCUGCCAGAUAUCGAUCUGGUACAUAUUUCAAAACGAAGCUCCAACUCACCCGUUCCAUCUGUCUACCCACAAACAAACACUGAAGCUAUGGAUUGCGCUCCUGGGCCCUGCUGUGGUACAGCAAGCAACAUAAAGCCAAACUCUAGAAGUAGAAGAAGGGGAAAAGGGAGAAGAUGCACUGUGUGUCCAUGUGAGGUGACUGGAACACAAGUACAAGUCAAAGCAAUGUGCUCAUCAUCCACUUCACAAGAGGAGCCUGGUUCAUCUAAACCACUAAACACCAAGUCCUCAGGGAACCAUAACAGUGCAAUUGCAAAGUCGGUUAAACAAAAGGGGAGAAAGUCCACAAAGGCUCAAACGAAAGAUAAAGAGCCAGCAUCUAUGGAGAUCCAAUGUCCUUCAACUAUGAGUGAGCAGGGAAGUAGUACAGCUGGAGAGAUCCCAACCAGUUAUCUCUGCUCUACAGCACCCAUGGACCCUGAAGAAAUCAAGCGUCAUGAGAGAAUCAAACGACUGAAAGAUCUCUUGAAGGAGAAGGAAGCUGCUCUUGAGAUGAUUAGAAAGAACGUGGGCUGAGUUGGAGAGGACUGAAUCACUUUCCAAAUUCCACAGUGUAUUUCACAACUUCAGCCUUGUAGAACUCUUGUUUUAAUCAUCAUAUUUAUGUAAUUUAAGUUUUAUUCCCUGCAGGAAAUUCACUUAUUUUCAGUAUUGAAUGUUUAAUUCCAAAAUACAAUAAUUUGGGCAAUGAAAUGUAACUAACUUUCCUGUUUUUCCUAGUGGAUAAGGGUAUUGAGAGAAUAUAUUGAUGCAUUGACUAAGCAUCUUAAGAUGUUUUAGAAAAUAUUUACAUUUUACAGACUAGCAUUUUCCAAUGUUUGUAUUUCUGCCUUUUCAGCUUUUGCACAGUGUUUCUAUAUUUGUUCUGCAAAGAUGGAUCACAAUGCUAUCUUCAAACUGCAUACAGAUACUUGUUGGCUUCCUUAAGAGUAUUUUAUUUUAGAAUGGACUAAUGUAAUAUUUACAUUUGGUUAGUAGGCAUAAGUGUUUUUCUGUCUACAAAUGAAAAUACUGUAACUCAAAACAUUUCAUAAGUCAUGUGUUGUAGGAGUAAUCCAGGACUCCAAAGGGAAUAUUUCAAUUGCAUACUCCUCUCUCAUCUCCUCCAAAACCCAUUGGAUGAAAAAGCCAGAGGUCCCGCCCCUCUGACCUUCUCCUCCGAUAGGUGUUGAGAAGGAGACAAGGGACUUCAUCACCAAGGACAUCAUCCUGACAAUUUACCACACCAUGAUUACAACUUACCUGGACUACUGUGCCACAGUAUGGCUUCCCACCUUACAUCAGUGCAAUAAGACAGGUCUUAACUGGCUACAGGGUAUCAUCAACAGGGCUGCUCGUAUCGACCGGGCAUUCACAGAGGGAACACAAAGACAGAGGUUCUUCUGCAAAAAGAUGGAAUCGAACCACUGAAGGUCAGGAUCCAUUACAACACCCUAGUGACUGUUUUCAAGGCGACACAGCCCAAACUGCCUGAAUACGUCAGACCUGUUCAGGUGGGAGUCUCCCCCAUCCUCCGGGGGCGUACCAGAGCAGCAGUCAAAGCCUAUGAUGGGACCUGCACCUACUGGCACAACCAUUAGCGAAAAACAUUGCCUUUCAAGGCAGUCUGAUGUUCUUUGGACCAUUGCUCUGGAACAAGCUGGACUUAUCCACACGACAGCUAGCUAGCAUGUCCACCUUCAAGAGAGCAGUACACAUAGCUGUAAUGUGAGCGUUGUUUUGUAUGUAGGCUACCGCAUAUUAUGUGUGUGCUUCUGUGUAUGCUGUGAUUUUAGAUGUGCUUUUGUAUGUAUGCCAAUGGGUAUGCUGUAUAUGUUUUUAUUGAUUGUGUGGAACCCAGGACUCCCUGGAAAACAGUGGCAAUUGUUACUGAGUGGACUAUCCUUGCUAAAUAUGUUAAAUUAAAUUAAAUUGAGAGAGGAUGCGAGGAGUAUGCAAUUGAGAUAUUCUCGAGGACUGUUUUGAAAGGCUCAUAAGAAAAGGUUGUUUUGUUGCUCUUUGUUUUGUAUUGAAUAAAAACAUGUUUACAUUAA